AUGAUAGCUGUGAACACACCAAGAACCGAAUCCAACUUGGUUUCAAUAAAUAGUAAACUUGCGGGAAAUACCAAACUGGACAGUACUGCAUUAUCUCCGAGUUUUACUUAUACCACUCCUAUGUCUGGUAUAGAGGUUUCAGAUAUGAAUGUCAAUGCUCAUCUACUUGAUACUUGUCAAAUACAAGACCAAUGCAGACAAGUUGUGCCAGUCAGAAUACCAUCUGCAGUGACAGAUGCGUCGCAUCCAAGUGUUCGUGCUCCGUCCUCUGCUCACACUACUAAUACAGAAAACAUGUCGCUAGCCAUUAGGGCUGAAGUGCAAGACUCUCAUCACACUGCAGAUCCUUCCAUUAAUGCUACAGCAGUCAUGGAGAGCACCGACUCACAUGAACAUGAAUUCCUUAUUGCUCGAGCUGCUGAGCAACCAGCCAUUGCUCAUCUGCCCUUCCAUUCAAACCAUCAUCUUGAUUCAUACUCUAAUAGUCGGUUGUUGCAAGCUGACGACACUCGAAACAAACACAGUCCUGCUCAGUUGCAGACAAACCAUGCUUCCGCAUACCCUUUGAACCAAAAUGAUGUCCAGUCCGUCCAUCCAUCUCCACAUGUCGAGACUGUCAUGGUCGAUGAUAUGGGAAUUGUGCACCAGCAACAGCAGAAUUCACCUUUGCACAAUACUAAAUCUGUAGCAGUGCCCAUGACUAUCCAGUCUUUAGUCGAGCGAGGCAUUGAUCCUCAGUCUGCUCAGAUUUCAUCUGAAUUGGCUGACCAACAAGAUCUGUCUGUGCAACAGUCGCAAGAUGAUGGUUCUGCAAUGUUGACUGAUUGCAUGUGCGAAUGGGAGGGUUGUCGAUUAACCUUUCCAACGCAACGAGAUUUAGUGCUACAUGCUGCUGGCCAUCUCGUAGCUCUUCCAUGGUCUACAAAAACAAACAGAGACAGCACUUUUAGAUGUCGUUGGGAUGGAUGCUGGAAUACUCAGGCUUUUCAGUAUCAACAGCGCAUGAUUGAACAUAUGCGAGCACAUACACUUGAAAAACCGUUCAUGUGCCCAGUAAGAAAUUGUGGGCAUCGAUUUGCUGUUCGCUCAAAUUGUCUUGCUCACGGUCGGACCAAACAUCAGCGCACAUUCCGGCCCAUCUCCAUAGAUAUUAUCAAUGAUCCCGAAAAUCUUACGUACGAGGAUCUCAUGUUUGAUGUUGACCAUUUUUCACUUGAUGAAGUAGAAGACGACGACUUUUCAAACUCGGGAGCAACUGCUUUAAAAAAACUUGCUCAACCUGAUUUACCACGACUGUCUAAACGCAAAAGCUCGGUUAAUGAAUCGGGAAAACGAGUUCGUCGUGCUCCUACUUCUAUUACUACUCCCACAGAUACAAAUAUUCCUGAACCCUUAUGUUUACCUCUUACAAACGAGCAGCUCAUUCAGCGGGAAAUUUGCAGUUUACAAGACCAACGUCGGCGUAUCUCCAAAUACAGCGAGUUGAUUGAGUCGUUUAAACUAGAGCAUGAAAUUACACGAAAGCGAUAUGAGCAACUUUCUGCUUUGGACACUCAAUUUCAAUACACAGGUGAUGGUGUUUUAGAGCCCAAUCAGACUUCUAAACCACCAUCUUUUGAAACGGACUCGCCUAUGGCUGCCACUAAUACCACACCGUUUUUGAUUCGAUCAGAGGCUUUAGAAACUCAUUUGGACUACGCUCGAGGAUACAUUGACUCUACUGUAGAUAGGAUUGACAGUAAAGUGAUUGUGGGGUUACAAAUGGUAUUAGAUCGUGUGCGACAAAACGGAUUCAAUACAACUGUAACAUCCGCAGAAGUAUGA